UGUCUGUGCCUUUUCAGCAGACAAAGUGACUUAACCGGAGGAUAAAGUAGGAGCGACUUGCUUAGUUUUUCGUCCUAUAGUUGUCCUCCGACUUUCCUCUGCUGAAUGUUAGCUAAGUUAAGCUAAUCAAGCUAGCUAGCAUGCUACAGGGUCUUUUCCUCCACACGAAGAAGAGGAGGGGGACACUCACAAUGUAACCUGAUGGCUUCAACUUCUGCAGCUGAAAGAGGUUUGAACUCAACAUGGCACGAAGGUGACAGUUGUCUGGCUCCUGACCCGAGAGAUGGCACCCUGCGAGAAGCCACCAUUAAGAGAUUGACCUCCACCUCUCAUAAUAAUGACACCACAGCAUCAGUGGUAUUCAGUGACCAUAAUAAUGAUGCAGAGGAGGAAGAGGAGGAGGAAGCUGUGCCUGUCUCUAAACUUGUGAGACCAGGCUUCCAUCGCUGCGCCCAGGAGAAACCCUUGUUUCCCAGCAGCACUACAGACACCAGGCUAUGUGUCCCCUUGGAGCUGGGUCGUGUUGGUGGACACAAAGUCCCAUACACCAUCAACAGAUACCUGAGGGAUUACCAGAGAGAGGGAAUCAGGUUCAUUUACAACAACUACAUUCGUUUCAGAGGAUGUAUCCUGGGGGACGACAUGGGUCUGGGAAAAACUGUACAGGUCAUUAGUUUCCUUGCUGCUGUAUUGCACAAAACAGGCACAUGGGAGGACAUCCACAACAACAGGCCUCAGUUUCUGCAGAGUCAGAUGACUUCCUCCAAGCAAAGUAAACCAAGCAAAGUGUUCCUCAUUGUGGCCCCACUGUCAGUGCUUUAUAACUGGAAAGAUGAACUGGACACGUGGGGUCACUUCCAGUGUGUGGUGGUCCAUGGGCUGAGGAAAGAGGAGGAGUUGGCUCGCAUCAAGAAGGGACGUGUUGAGAUUGCUCUCACUACCUAUGAGACUCUGCGCCUUUCUCUGGAUCAGUUUAAUGACAUAGACUGGUCUGCUGUGUUUGUAGAUGAGGCCCACAAGAUAAAAAAUCCAAACUCUCAGAUAACUCAGGCCAUGAAGGAUCUGAGAUGUAAGAUUAGAGUUGGCCUUACUGGCACCAUCUUACAGAACAACCUUGAGGAGCUGUGGUGUGUCAUGGACUGGGCCGUACCUGGUUGUCUUGGCAACUUAGGACAUUUUAAGAAUAAGUUUUCAGAUCCGAUUGAGAGAGGGCAGAGGCACAUUGCAACCAAACGAGCCCUAGCUACAGGGAGGAAGACUGUCAGAGCCCUGGUGAGGGAGAUUUCCCACUUAUUCCUGCGAAGGACUAAAGCUCUCAUCAAGGAACAACUGCCUAAGAAGGAUGACAGGGUGGUGUAUUGCUCUCUGACAGACUUUCAGCUGACUGUGUAUCAGACAGUUCUGGACAGUGAAGAUGUGAAGCUAAUGUUGAGGUCUUAUCAGAGAUGUGACUGUGAAAGUGGACGCACCCGUGGAAGCUGCUGCUAUGAAAGAAACUCAGCAGGUGCAAAAAUGAAGACGCUGUACUUCAGUUAUUUGACCAUAUUGAGGAAGGUUGCCAACCACGUAGCACUGCUUCAGUCCACUGCAGGCAUCAGCAAAUUACAGGAAAAGUAUGUUGGUGCCAUUUGUGCAAAGGUAUUCCAGAAAUUUCCAGACUUUGUGAAGAGAUGCAAAGAUGAAGCAUUUGAGGCCUUGUCGGACCCGAUGUACAGUGGAAAGAUGAAGGUUUUGCAGAAGCUGCUGAAAUAUUACCUGCAGAAGAGAGAUAAAGUGCUUCUUUUUUCUCUCUCAACAAAGCUGUUAGAUGUGCUGGAGAGCUACUGCAUGGCUGAGGGCCUGGACUACAGCAGGCUCGACGGAACCACCAAAUCCAAAGAGAGAGUCCAGAUUGUCAAAGAGUUCAACAGCUCAUCUCACGUCAACCUCUGCCUGGUUUCCACCAUGGCGGGCGGUCUUGGUCUUAACUUUGUAGGGGCCAAUGUGGUAGUGCUCUUUGAUCCCACUUGGAAUCCAGCCAAUGACCUCCAAGCUAUUGACAGGGCAUAUCGUAUUGGCCAGUGCAGGGAUGUGACUGUUCUAAGGCUGAUCUCUUUGGGGACUGUAGAGGAGGUUAUCUACCUCAGACAAGUUUACAAACAGCAAUUGCAGAGCUCUGUUGUGGGAAAGGAGAGUGCACGGCGGUAUUUUGAGGCAGUGAAUGGAGUCUAUAAGGGCGAGCUGUUUGGGUUAAAAAACCUCUUCAUGCUGCAGACUCAAGGGACAUGCCUCACCCGCAAGAUACUAGAGAGAGAAGGACAAGUGGAGGCCGGUGUAAUGACAAGCAGCACACACACAGGCGAAGAGAAGGAGGAGGAAACGAAGGCAGUUAGCGAACCUGGAGGCUUGACAGUGGGCCCUGUACCAAAUGAACGAGCCAAGGUGAACAGAGAUGCAUCAAAGAUCCCCAGAGGGGUGUUGGACUUCAGCAGUGGGAGUGAGGAAGAUGAGGAGGAGAAGGGGCUUAAGAGGAAGGCAUCAAACUUGAGUGCAGUGGAUGGCAACAGGUGUGGGAAUGAUGCAACAGCUCUUGGUCGAAUGAGUCUCCUUCAGCACGGUUUCUCCAGGCUUCUUGAAAGAGUUCAAGGAAAGCCAGAGUCAGCAGAAGGGGACAGUAGUCCAAGUAUCGAAGAAAGUGCCUCUGAGGAAGAUGCUGAGGAUCCAAAGAUAGAGGGUACCUCCUCUGGCAUUUGUAAGAACUCCAGUACUGAAAAAGCUGCAGAUUGUCUCCCUAAACUGGGACCGAAAAAAAACUUCUCUCGUUGUUCAGACAAAGAAGACCCAGAGAAUGGAGAUGGGAAAAGACAAGAGAGGGUUUCCCAAGUGAAACAAAGUGAUGAAGAUGUGAGGAAGAGACACGGCCUGGAAGGGUGGGCAAAUAAGAAAAUGGUGGUGGAUGAGAGUGAUGAAGAUUCCUCACCAGACAAAAAGAAACCUAACAAGCUCAAAGCUCCAGUUCCAAAAGUGCACCGCUUUGAAGGUUACUCUGAUGAAUCUGAUGAUUUGGACACAGAGCCAAAGACAUGUCACAAGAGGGAUGCUUUGAAUUCACAUGGGAGAGGAGGGCUGGACUGCAAAAGAAAGAGGCAUAGUGCUAAAGUUAGGGGCAAGGCAAGAUCCAAAUACACAGAAGUCUUAGAGAUAUUCACAUCUUCAGAAGAUGAACACACUCCUGUUAAGAAAGGGAGAUCUACAGGAGGCCACUUCUUGUCUCCACAGACAAAGAGAUCCAGCGUUGAGUUGCCAAAAGACGGACAAAGAGCUUUAACAACUGACAGGACAGAGAGACGAGCAGGGAUGCCCAAAGCUGUUCCAUUUACAAGUCUGAAAAAGCAGACAUUGCCAGCAUCCAAAGUACAGGAUGUGACCAUCGACAGUGUGUUAGGGGGUGUGAACGAGGUGGUGUACACACACUCUAACCAGGGCGUGGUGGGUGAGAGCAAAGCGGAGAAGCUGAUCAGUAGAUCUGCUGUGCGAGACGUGUUUGAGCGCAAGAUAAACUCUCAGCUCCCAGCCAAUUACCUUCUGGGCACCCAGGAGAGCCUGUCAGAGAGCCAACCAGACAGCGAGCCUUUCCCCUCUGCUGUCGUGCUGAAGAAGCCCAGUGUGGACAAUCCAGUCACCUUCACAAGCAAAAGUGUGCACCAAACCAGAAACACCACCUUCAUUAUUGGAGAGACUCCGCAGGCCAUUCGCAGGCAGCAGUUGGCGGAAAUGGCAGAAACAUUCAAUUAUUCCUCAGUACAUCAGUUCGCAGUAGAGAUACUGAGAGGAAACUCAACUCAGAGACUGGCCUGGCUACAACAGUAUUACACUUCACUGAACCACCCUGACCUGGCCACUACGGUCGUAAACAACUUCCCACAACCUGAUGCAGUGCAGACCUCCUCGUCUUCAACAGCUACCUCCUCACCAUCCACCAAAAGAGCUGCAAAAUCCCACACACAUACCAGAACCCCACAGAAGGAUGUUCCAAAAGCUAAGAGAAAGCCUAAGUACACUCAGAAGAAUCCUCAACCUAAAACUAAGCCUGAAACCCCACAAAACAAUGUUUCUGUGCCACAGACAAAGCCCAGAAACCCACAAAAUUAUGUUCUGUCACCCCAGAAAAAGCAAAAUAUCCAACGAAAGUAUGCCCUAGAACCUCUAAGUCAUGUUCCAAGUCUUGAGUCAGAGGAGCAGGAGGAGACGGGAUACAGUGCCAGAGGACAUAAGAGGACAAAGAGGGGUAGUGUUUCUAGUUCUGGAGCCUUCGGAGCUGGUGGUGGUCUUGGCUUGGAGCAGGCCAGCAGCAGUGGUCUGGGGUCUGGGGAGGCUGCUGCUUUCCUGAACCGCACAGACAGAGAUAUCCCUUCUUCUCCGGACGUCAGCCAUGGCGGGUCCACCACGUUAUCCAAACCCACAGCACAGGCAAAGGAGCAAGAGCAAAAAUUGUCUUCCAGGACCAGUGAAACGCUUCAAGGCUGGAGGGAAAAUCCUCAGAGCCCUUCCCUUUCUGAGCAGGCCACAUCCACCUCCAGUUGUCGUUCUCUCCUCACAGAUCUGAUAGGCGACACCUCGAUCCUCGACGAUCUGUUAAAACCCAAACCCAGGAGUGCACAACAGAGCACCAGCCCCAAAACAACUCCUGCACUCUCCUCCGUGUCAGUAAGUACAGGUCUCACCACUCCGUCUCCAUCCAGAAUCACUACUGAAAUCAGUACUGAUUCUGGCUCAGCAGGCCUCAUAGACUCUCUGUCCUCCCCAAAGUUGAACAAAGCACCCACACAGCAGGUGGUAUCAAAGGGCAGCCGCAAAGACUUCUGGGACAUCUUGAAUGAGGGUAAUGAGGAGAGCAUCAACAGGUUAACGGACCCUGCUGAAGUGCAGAGGGUUUGCAUCAAGACUAAGUUUGCAGCUAGAGGUAGGUCUGAUGAAGAGGAGCGCAAGAGUCUCUGGAAGACUAAUGAGAAGUUCCUGUGGAAGAAGUAAUGCAGGGGAGAUAUUUAGAGUGUUAAGUUUUAUUUUUCACUUUUAUGCUUUUUUACUUUUUGCAGUUCUAAAAGAAGUGUAUAAAAAUAACAAAUGGAUUUAAAGCAGGUGUCCCUGCUUCGGUUUUUAUUGUUUUAAAAUUUCACAUUAUUUUUUACCUUUUUAGGAUGUUUUAUUACUCUAGAUAUUUGAAAAUAUUCAGUGUCUAUUAAAUUAGUGAAUUACUAGCAUAACGUUGACUGUUACUUUAUUGCCUUGUUUAUUGUUUUAAAUGUCUUUUUUUCCACAGAGGCCUUUGAAAAAAGUGGAAAAAUUGAGCCACAAAAAAUAUCACAAUGGUAAGUUGUACAUGUGUAACAGAGUGCUGCAGGGAUGACAUUAUCUUGUAGGCCACCUGGAGAUGUGCAUUGCUCUUGUUCCCUCAGGAAUGACACUUUUAUGAAUUUAGAAGCGUAAAUAAAAUACUAUACUAUAUAUUAGUAGUAUUUUAUACUAUACUAUAAAAUACUACUAAUAUAUAGUAAAAAGCUAAUGUUAGGCUGUAAACGAACCACAUUACGGUCACAUUACCUCAACACCACCACCACAACAAGGCUAUAAACAGUGUUUGGUAUAAUGAAGUUCUGUUGUCUAAUUUAGCCACUUGUUAGCGAUCAUUUUUUUGAAAAUCACAACUAAGGUGUUUAGUGACGUAUUUUAUGUAAAAGUACCAAAACAACCUAAGCUUGUCUUCACCACAGACCACAUUUCAAGCAUCCAACCAAAAGACAAUUCAAAAACCCACUGACUUAAAGACAAGGCAAAAAUGCGAACUAAUUUUUGCGUUUUAGAGCUCAUUACUUCAGCACGCUUCACAGGGAUGCCAUUUAAGUGAUAUCAUCAAAUAGCUUUCUUUGUCUCAUCAUUCAAACAGUUUAAAUCCCAGUUUACAUUAAUGUUAGACAAGGAAGACAAAUUCUUACAAUAGAUAAACUGGAACCAUCAAAUCCUUUUAACAUUAACU